AUCGCCACGCAUUCGUUGCCUAGUCGUUUUACCCGAAAGCUCCACAGCGAGCGCAAUUGAAGCAAAAAUAACAGACAAAGUGUUUCCAAUCGUUUUAUGGCCCAUUCACCGACCGGCUUUUUCCCAUUUAAUGCACUGGGAAUGUUUUUCAGUCGCCGCAAGACUCCAGCAAUUGUGGUGCACGCCAGGUGAGAUCAUCAACUGCAAGUGGCCUGAUUUUCUUCUUCUUCUUCUUUUAAUAUAUAAGGCCGAUGUGCCUAUAAAUCGUAAAAAGCUGCAGUGCUCGCUUGCCGAGCGGCCGAACGUUUCUGGAGGUAUGACUGCGCAGCCGGCCGAAAUUCCCAUCUGGAUAAACGGGGCGCAGCGCUGGAUCUCGGGCAUUGGCCGCAAGACGACGUGUGAUGAUGUCAUCCGUGUGCUGCUCCGCUCCGAGGGCUGCAACCCCGAGAACAAAGACAAGGAGGAGAAGCACCAAAACAAACACUACGCGAUCGUCGAGCGCUGGAAAAAGGUCGAGCGACCCCUUGACGGCAGAUCUCGCAUUCUCAAAGUCUGGACGGCUUGGGGUGACGAGCAGGAGGCGGUGCGUCUCACCCUGAAACGCGUCAACCCCACCACCCCCCGCGAGGUCAAAACGCACCACCACCGACGGAGUUCGCGGGGCCACAACCGGGCGCGACUUUUGCAGACCGUCCAUCCGAAGCGGUUGAUCGACGGCGACAACAAGCAAUUUUCAGACACCAUCGAGCACUUGAUGAAACUGAUCCUGGCCCAGGGCGAAACCAUUCAGACGCAGCUACGUCGGCUUCACGACCGUGACGAGCAGAUUAUCCACAUCGAAGACCAAGUGCACAGUUCCCGGCAAGAACGACUCGGUUCAAACUACCUCCUUGAGACCUAUUUGAAGGACCUCGACGCCAACAAGGGCGGCGAGGACGACAGUGGCGUCGCCGAAGUUGAGCCUGCCAAAGCGGACGAGGAAGAGGAAGCUCAGGAGGAAAAUGAGGAGGAUCAGGGUGGAGAAGGGGAAGACGCCGAAUCGCAAAGGGCGCUUGUGGAGACGCGAGCGUGCAUCGCCCUGUGGGAAAGGGUCGUCAGGGUCAACAAGCGUCUGGAAAAGGAGGAGCAAUGUCUGGUCAAGCUUCACGUCAAGUUGAGACGAUUGUCCGAAGCCGAACCGACUCAGGAAGCGACGGACCUGAUCACGAGCGAAGCGAUUUCCAUUGUCAAGGAGCAGAUUGAAGAGGCCGACGCCCUGUCCACGGCCCAGCAGAUGGAGGUGGAACAAAACGACGUGCGACUGCAGGAAACGUGCGAACAGCUGCAGGAGAGACACCGUCUGCUCGAUUACCUUCAGGAAGAGCUUCAGGAGUGCGAACUGGAGGAGCAGCAGCUCAAGAAGUGGCUCCAGGAGGCCAUGUAUAAAAAGCACCAGCAGAUGCAGCAGCAGCAACAAUUGCACCACGCCAUGUUGACCAAGCAGUUCGCGCAAGUGACCUCAACGCCGGCGAGUAGCACCGGGGCCAUCAGGAAGCAGAUCGAAGGUGACACGGACUCGAAUUCAGACACGGGACUCAGUUCGCUGCACAGCAGCAGUGAGGAAGGGGUGUACGUGUUGGACACUUUAGUAUGAGUCGCGAGAUGAGUUUGAGGCGCCGUUGAUUACCAUUAGCAUUAAGGACAAAUUAUUGUAUUUGAGAAAGUUUUGAUUUCACACCAACCCUGGAUUUUAUACGUAUAUCGGUCAUGCCUGUUGAUAAUUUUAUUGCUUAGAAAAAAAAUUAGAACCACUUUGUGUAAAUUUAAAAGUAGUGCGUCUAUUUAUUUUGAAAUCAGAUGUCAAGUGAUAAAAUGUUGGUCGAAAUUUAUAUAUAUCUUCCCUUCCUUAUUGUAUUUCUAUUGUAGUCACGCAUUGUUUCAAAAUUACAAUGAUGCAUUAAUAACCAAAUAAUAUUCAACUCUUGAUUAUUCAGAGCAGAGAGAACCAUUAUAGAAAGCCAUUCUUCCUCUUCUCUAUUUUUCUGUCUUGUUAUAAUCUUACUUUGCACAAUGGAUCGUGCUAAUUUGAAUAAUGACUAUUCAGCACUCUCUCGUCCCUAAUAUAUGUCACUUCUAAAUCAACAAAUUUCCUGGACGCAUAUAUGUAUAUUUUUUUUUUUCUGAAAAAAAAAUGUUGAAGUACAAAAAAUGUCAAACUUUCUAUUAUGCCAGUAGCGUUUGCCUCAAGGAAUCGCCGAUUGAUUAUUUUCCACAUCAAACAAACCGAAGUCGGCGAAAUACUUCACGGCACGUUUGCUUAUUUGUAUCUAAAGUUAUUGGAGCGUGAGUCAUGCAGUUUAACGAAUUAAGAGUCAAAGAAAGGAGUUUAAUUGUCUAGAGAUAUUUCACCGCUUCCAAUGUGUGACAAUUAACCACGCGUUAAUUCAAUUCUGUGCCUUUCAAGCACAAUUGAACAAAUAAAUUCUGCAAUAAUUGAAGGCGGUCGGCACCAAAACCAAUCUGAGCACCGUUAACCGCCAGACCGAAUCGCACCAAAAUUCAAUAAGCGUAAUGCAACAAAAAGUCGAGUCUCACGUUUAUCAAAAAAAGGAAUGAAAAUUGUCCACUUUUCAUAAUAUUAAUCCGCUAUGCACAUAUACCAAAUUUUUUUAUAAUUUAAUAAUCGCCCCCAAUGAUAUUUUGUAGUUUUUAAGAAGUACAUGUCUCCUAGUCACAGUUCAUUGAAUAAACCUUUGAUACAUCUGUAUUACAUACACGAAA